AAUAAAAAUAGUCAAAGUACAACAGUACUGUACAGAUUAUUCAAAAAAUUUCUUUGGGUUUCCGUUUGAGCCGUUAUUCUUUUCGUUAUCUAUCUAUCCACCCGGUUGAUUGACGGUUUAUACAUACAAAAAGAGGGAAUCUGGAUCAAAUUCUAGCAGUAAAAAUUACACCUUGUUUGUGUACUGUUUGUACAAGAUUCAAGUGCUUGAAGUUAAAGAUGCUGCGCAGAAUCACUGUUGUUUCGUGGAUUCUUGCAGUUUUUUGUUUCAUUGCGGAGGCGCAGGCGCAGGCGAAGGUGCCUCGAGAAGAAGUAAAUGCUCUUCGACAAAUCGUCACUACAAUGGGCGCAACGAACUGGAGCUUCAAUGGUGAUACAUGUGAAGUGGAGGCUGUUGUACCAUCGCCACCAAGUGCGUCUGAGGGUUAUGUUGAAUGUAACUGCAACUUUAAUAACAACACUGUCUGCCAUGUCACGGAAAUUGUGAUAAAGGGUUAUAAUCUCCCUGGAGUUCUUCCACCCGAACUUGUGCAGCUCCCCUACCUCGAAUUUAUUGAUUUUGCGUACAACCUCUUCACUGGUACAAUCCCACGAGAAUGGGCUACAACACAGUUGAAUUCCAUCUCUGUUCUUGUAAACCGGUUAUCAGGACAAAUACCAACGUAUUUAGCAAACAUGACAAAUCUCACUUACAUGAACCUUGAAGCAAACCAAUUCUCCGGGGCUAUUCCAUCAGAACUUGGGAGAUUAAUAAACUUGAAAACUCUGAUCUUGUCAGCCAAUCAAUUGACUGGGAAUCUGCCAGCAUCAUUUUCAAGGCUAACAAAUUUAAUUGAUUUUAGGAUAAGUUAUAACAACUUAAGUGGACCAAUACCCAACCUUAUUCAGAACUGGAAGCAGCUUACGAAACUAGAAAUGCAUGCGAGUGGAUUAGAGGGGCCCAUUCCUUCACAAAUAUCUCUUCUGACUAUGUUAACUGAUUUGAGAAUUAGUGACAUUAAAGGGCCUACUCAGGAAUUUCCUAUGCUGAGGAGUAGUACAGGCCUAGAAAUCCUGGUAUUGAGAAAUUGUAACAUUUCUGGAAUAGUCCCUGCAUAUAUUUGGAGACUUAGAGUUCUGACAAUGCUGGAUGUCAGUUUCAAUAAGUUAGAGGGGGAGAUUUCAAGGGAUAUUGCAAGAAAACUGAUUACUGUGUUUGCUACUGGCAACAUGCUGAGUGGAAAUAUACCUGAUACAAUCUUGAAGGAUGGAACCAACAUUGAUCUUUCUUACAAUAAUUUUACUUUGCAAGGCCCGGAGCAACCUGCUUGUCAACAAAACAUUAGGAAUCGAAACGUUAACUUGUUCAAGAGCUCGUUGACUUUAAACAUGAGCAACAGGCGGCGGAUGCUUCCUUGCUCAAAGGAUGUAGCCUGCCCUAGAUAUCAGUGUUCCCUACAUGUUAAUUGUGGUGGGAAUGAUUUGAUUGUAGAAGAAAGCAAUCGAAGAGUCACUUAUCAAGGAGAUAUGUAUGGUGAUUCUGCAAGAUAUUUGAGUAGUAGUCAAUGGGGCUUCAUUGGCACCGGGGACUUCAUGGACGAGCCUAGUUACCAAAAUUCACGUGCUAUUAUACAUACGCCAAAUCCAAAUCUCUCUGAUUUGUAUAGUACAGCACGUCUUAAUCCUCUUUCACUUACAUAUUUUCAUUAUUGCCUGGAGGACGGGAGUUACAAUGUGAGCCUGCACUUUGCUGAAAUACUUUUCACAAAUGACAAUACAUAUUUGAGUCUUGGAAGUCGGAUGUUUGAUAUAUACAUCCAGGAAAAAUUAGUCUGGAAAGAUUUUGACAUUGAAAAUGAGGCUCGAGGAGCACAAAAGCCCGUGACUAGACAUUUUAAUGUCACGGUGACAGAUAAUAGCUUGGAGAUCAGAUUUUACUGGGCUAGCAGAGGGACUGUACGAAUUCCUAAUAGAGGAGACUAUGGUUCCCUUGUAUCAGCUAUUUCGGUUAAUCCAAAUUUCAAAAUAUGUUCAAAUGGAAGCAAAAAGAAUGUGACUGCUUAUAUCAUAGUUGGAGUUCUGUCAGCAUUUGCUAUUUUCAUGAUACUUGGCAUCCUUUGGUGGAAAGGCUAUUUGGGAGGAAGAAAACGAGCAAGAACAGGUUUUGAAGAUCUAGAAUUGCAAACAGUUGCUUUUAGUUUGAAACAAAUUAAAGCUGCCACUAACAACUUUGAUGCUGGAAACAAGAUCGGAGAAGGUGGUUUUGGUUCCGUGUACAAGGGUCAACUAUAUGAUGGUACCGUAAUUGCUGUGAAGCAGCUCUCAUCUAGAUCAAGGCAAGGAAACCGUGAAUUUCUGAACGAGAUUGGCAUGAUUUCGUGUUUACAACACCCAAAUCUCGUCAAACUGUAUGGAUGCUGUAUUGAAGGAGAUCAAUUGCUGGUAGUGUACGAGUACAUGGAAAAUAAUAGCCUUGCUCAUGUUUUAUUCAAACGUUCAGAUUCAGAGGAAAGCGAAUUAAUGCUUGAUUGGCCAACAAGGUUCAAGAUCUGUAUUGGAAUUGCUCGAGGAUUAGCUUUUCUUCACGACGAGUCAAGACUUAAAAUAGUUCACCGAGACAUUAAAGCCACUAAUGUGUUGCUAGAUGGAGAUCUAAACCCGAAAAUAUCGGAUUUUGGAUUGGCCAGGCUUAACGAAGACGAGAAGACUCAUAUUAGCACUAAAGUUGCUGGAACAAUAGGAUAUAUGGCACCUGAAUAUGCACUUUGGGGAUAUCUAACUGACAAAGCGGACGUUUAUAGCUUCGGAGUUGUGGCUUUGGAAAUUGUUAGUGGCAAAAGCAACAAUAAUUACAUGCCAAGCCACAAUUUUAUUUGCCUUUUGGAUUGGGCUUCUCACUUGCAAGAAAGUAAAAAUGUAGACGAACUUGUUGAUCCGAGGUUGGGUUCUCGAGUGAACAAAGACGAAGUAGGAAGAAUGGUGAAAAUAGCGCUUCUGUGUACGAACGUAACACCAUCCAUAAGGCCUACAAUGUCCGAAGUAGUUCAAAUGCUUGAAGGAAAAAUGGCAAUUCCAGAUGUCAUCCCAGAAGGAAGUAUGUAUACAGAUGAUAUGAGGUUUAAAGCCAUGAAAGACUUCCAUCGAGAGAUGCAAAAUGGAAGUUCUAGUGGAAGCCAAACUCAAAAUUCAAUGACAAUACGAACAGAUGCAGGUUUUUCUUCAUAUACCACCGAUCCUCACGAAAUCACAAGAGAUACAGUGUCUUAUUGAGUCGUGACAUUAUUUGUUUGCAACUACAUCUUUUCGAUGGAAUUGGUAUCAUGUAAAUUUGUAAUUUAAAUUCGAGUAGCGAAGAGCUGUGUGGAAAUACUAGGUAUUUUUUCUUGUUCUGGUUUGUUGUAAAAGAAUCACAUUGAUAUUUAGAGUACACUUUCAAAACUAACAGCAUACUAUGUAUUGAUGGUGUAAUUUUUGUUUA